AUGCGUGAUUUUUACGUAGCCCUGGCUAAGACGGUCUGGGAACAAUUAUGUACUCGUUGGAUAAAAACACGGGAGGUAUAUGCUACUGAGGACCCUAAGAUGGUCUACUUUUUAUCUAUGGAAUUUUUUAUGGGUCGUACAUUAAAGAAUACAAUGCUUAAUGUAGAUACAACAGAAGCUUUAGAUGAAGCAAUGUAUCAACUUGGUUUAGAUAUUGAAGAAUUGGAAGAAAUGGAAUGCGAUGCAGGACUUGGCAAUGGUGGUUUAGGUCGAUUGGCAGCAUGUUUCCUUGAUUCAAUGGCUACAAUUGGUUUGGCAGCUUAUGGCUAUGGAAUACGUUAUGAAAAUGGUGCUUUUCAUCAAACGAUAAAGGAUGGAUGGCAGGUUGAAGAGCCAGAUGAAUGGUUAUUGUAUGGUAAUCCUUGGGAGAAAGAACGCCCUGAGUUUACUCGUAUAGUUCAAUUUUAUGGUAGAGUUAUACGUAAUGAUUUAGACCAGUGUAAAUGGAUUGACACAGAAACAAUAUGUGCUCUACCUUAUGAAGUUCCUAUACCUGGAUAUCAAAAUUAUACGUGUAAUACACUUAGAUUAUGGGCUGCUAAAGGCCGGAAAUGCUUUGAUAAAAAAAUUAUUCAUAACAAUGAUUAUGUAAAUGCUAUACUUAGUCGUAAUGAAGCUGAAGAUAUUUCUCGUGUUCUCUAUCCGAUUGAAAGUGCUUUUGAAGGUAAAGAAUUACAAUUGAAACAAGAAUACUUUCUUGUAUCGGCUACACUGCAAGAUAUACUAUGUCAAUUUAAAUCAUCAAAUCCAACUUGUGAACUAUUUGAAUUACCAAAUAAAAUAGUCAUUCAUAUCAAUGAUACACAUCCAGCUUUAGCUAUUCCUGAAUUAUUGAGAAUUCUAGUUGAUAUUGAGUGUAUGGAUUGGAUUGAUGCAUGGGAUAUAUGUUCACGUGUAUUUACUCAUACAAAUCAUGUUUCACAAGUAGAAUGUUUAAAAUAUUGGCCAUUAGAUAUGCUUCAACGUGUUCUACCUAGACAUGUGGAAAUUAUACGCAAGAUUGAUAAUCAUUUUAAAAGUAUCAUCUACAGAAGAUGGCCAAGUGAUGACAAUCGAUUCCAACGUAUGUCAAUAUUUCAACAGAUCAAUGAACCUGCUGUUAGUAUGGAUCAUUUAUGCAUAAUUGGAUCACAUUUUGUCAAUGGUGUUUCAAUUUUUCAAACAAACCAUUUGAUAAAUACUUUAUUUAAAGAUUUUGCCGAUUUAUGGCCAUCAAAAUUUACUAAUAAAACAAAUGGUAUCAGUCCAAGACGUUGGUUAUUAGUUUGUAAUCCAGGAUUAACUGAUCUUAUUCGCAGUACAAUGCAAUCUGAUGAAUGGGUUAAAAAUCUUAUUUUGUUAAAUCGACUGAAAGAAAAAUUAGACGAUGAACAAUUUCGUAAUCGUUUAAUAUUAAUUAAACAAGAUAAUAAAAACCGAUUUGUUGCUUAUAUGCAACAUCAUAGAAAUAUUCAAAUCAAUUCAAGUUCCCUAUUCGAUGUUCAUGUAAAACGUGUUCUAGAAUAUAAACGUCCAUUAUUACCGUGUUUAUUUGCUAUAACUAUGUAUAAUCGUUUAAAAGCAAAUCCUAAUAUGAAAAUAUGUCCUAGAACAAUUAUCAUUGGUGGUAAAGCUGCACCUGGAUAUCAUAUGGCUAAAAUGAUUAUUAAAUUAAUUCAUUCAGUUGCAAGAAUAAUUGAUUUCGAUCCAAUUACAACGGGUAAACUUAAACUUAUAUUUUUACGAAACUAUCGGGUUAGUUUGGCUGAACGUAUCAUACCAGCAACUGACUUAUCUGAACAAGUUCCAUGUGUUGGUACAGAAUCAUCAGGAACCGGGAAUAUGAAGUUUAUGUUGAAUGGUGCAUUAACUAUCGGAACAAUGGAUGGUUCAAAUAUUGAAAUCUUCCAAGAAGUUGGUGAAUCAAAUGCAUUUAUAUUUGGUCGUACAAUUGAAGAAGUUAGUUAUUUACGGAAAAUAGGAUAUAAUCCAAUGAAAUAUGUAUCUAACAAUCCAGAACUUCGUCUAUGCUUAGAUCAAAUACGUGAUGGUUAUUUUUGUCCAAAUGAACCAGAUCUAUUUAAAGAUUUAUAUAAUAAAUUAGUAACAGAAGAUAAAUUUAUGGUCUGUGCAGAUUAUGCUGAUUAUAUGCGUGCACAAGCUGAAGUGGAAUCAGCAUACAAGGAUGAAGUAAGAUGGUCUAAAAUGGUUCUCAUGAAUAUCGCUGCAGCUGGAAAAUUCUCCUCUGAUCGUACAGUACGUGAAUAUGCACGUGAUAUUUGGAGAGUAAAACCAAUUAAUAUCAAAGAAUCUAUUAAGCCUAAUUUAGCAAGCAAUGACUAUGAUGAACUCGAUUCCAGUUGA